CUCCGCCUAUCUCUUCUCCACUGGGAGUGCCUGCCAUUAAAGUUUUGGUUACUGUCCACACGCCCCAAGCUGAUGGGCGAAGUUGAGGCAGGACUUGCUACGCGCAUCCCGGAAACUACUGUUCUUCAACAUCGCCAUUAGACGCCUGGGAAAGCAGGUAUACCUCAGGACAACUCCGCACUAGGAGGAGAAAAUUAGUGAGCCCAAUGCCCACCUCUGUCCAACAACUCUGCAUUGGAUUGAGAAAAUCUAGUUGCUCCGGCGGCAGCCCACUGAUGAAUGAUGGCACAAAUACUGGCAGUACUGGUAACUUGGGAACAAUGCCAACAGUAGCACCACCUUCCAGUAGCGGUGUGAGGAAGGCCUGGCAUGAAGACGUCACUCAGGAUCUCCGCAAUCACUUAGUACAUAAACUUGUCCAAGCGAUAUUUCCUCUCCCAGAUCCAGAAGCACUGAAAGAUAGUCGUAUGGAGAAUCUGAAAGCUUAUGCUCAGAAGGUGGAAGAGGACAUGUAUAACACUGCAAAUAGCAGGGUAAGAGAGGAAAGUGAGAGUGCAGUAGACAGAUACUGUUUUAGGGUCAAACAUGAUUACAGAAACUCUAAAAUCAGAAGAGCGUAUCUUCACAAUAUGUCCACGUUAAAUCCACAAGCAACGUCCAAAAUACGAUCAAAGCUUUUAACAAGUAACACAAAAUCAUAG